AUGGUUCAACGAUGCGAAAUCUUUGCCUUCGUUUUCUUUUUAGCUUUUCAUAAUCCUUUGAGAGUGGUGCUAGGAGCAACUCUGGAAUUGAACUUUCCGGGUCUAUAUCCAGAAAAUGGAGCGGUUCUUCCAAGUACUGGGAUGAUGUACUAUAGUAGUCUUUAUAAAGGAACUGUGGUCAAAUAUGAUCCAAAAAAACAAACUUUCCAAGAGAUCACCAUCCCAGGUGUUAGUGGCGCACCCAAUACUCACGUCUCAGGUAUCGAAGCCGAUAGAUCACGUCCUUUGAUUUGGGCUAUUGUAGAUGCUGCUUCCGCAUUUGCAACAAAUGGAGCUCAACUUUCAGGUCCAGCUGGACUCCUUGGCAUCGACACAAAUGAUAAAAUCGUUUAUAACGUCGAUUUGAACCCUACUCUUAAAGAAGUGCAAAGUCUGAACGGUGGUAUAGAAGUAGGCGGGGCACAAGAUGCGACAACUGAUAAAGAUGGAAAUGUUUACGUGACCGCGAGUUUCGGUUCUGCUAUGAUUCAAAUUCAGAUGAACCCAAAACCACAUACUUUGGGUUAUACUGGCAUUGAAUUUGUAAACUCCAAGACUUUAAUUGUUUGGAAUGAUGCCAUUAAAGCAAUAGAAACGUUUGAUAUCACUUCAACCAAACCCAAACCAUCUGUUCCAGAAGGCGAUCGUCUGUCCAAGUCUAUGAUGGCAGACGCAAUCUAUAUUCCUAGCUUUACUAAAGGCACCUGCUUGCUCCUCAAUGAUGACGUAUCAGGCCAAGUAGAAGUCGUCAAAUCGCAUGACAACUGGAAGUCAAUCACCCAUGCAGGUUCGAUUCCUACUGAUAUGAAAUCUGGUGGACUUGCUACUUUCACGUAUGAGAUCAGUUCCAGAAUUUAUUAUGGUUCAGAGCCAUUUCUUCAAUGA